UUGUUGUUCUUGUUACCAUUAUCUCUCCCGCUGCUUAAGCCGGGCAGAGUAGAAAAGCAAUAGUUUUCGUCCCGGCGAAAUUUCAUCGUGGCGAUUGCAUGGCCAAACAGGGAUCGUUGCAAUGAUCAUUCAGUGCAAAGGUCUUAAACUACGGCCGUUAAAUAGGGAUUUAUUUGAUAUUUGUUCCUUUUUCUAUUUACUUAACCAAUGAAAAAUGAAAAAAAAAAAAAAAAACAGAAUGGAUAUAACGGUGUUUCUUCAGCGUUAUUUACUGUUUUGCUGGUGUUUUUUGGUAGUUUUCUGUUGCUGCCCAUCCCAUCCCUACUUUAACCCUACCCCCUCAAGGCCGGAAUCUUGCACCUUUCUGGCGGGUAUAAAAGGUGGGCACGAAGAUGCACCGUCGCCAUUCACCUCCGAUCGUCUCCGGAGCAAGUGUCUCUCGUUGCGGUCCUCUCUUCCUUGAAACCUCACCAUGAAGCUGCUGAUGCUGCUGGCGCUGGCGGGGCUGGCGAGCUGCAGCACAACCCUGGUCGGAGGCGACCGCGCCAGGGACGUCUCUCUUCGCUACAAGUACUAUGACGACGACGGCAGGGAGAUCAAGGUGGAGGUGGAGGCCGAGAGGCUGGGACUCGGCCUCGUCGGCGGGGCGCCCCGGAAGGCCGCAGUCGCCGCCCCUGCCCCUGCUCCUGCCCCUGCCGUCCGCCUUGCCCCCAUGACCGCCGUCCCUUAUUUCGGCCUCCGACCCCGGGCGCCGACAAACGUCCCCGUGGAGGUCACCCAGGUACAGACCCGCCUCGUCCCGGCCACUCGCAAGGUCCUCCCCAUCCUGCAGCCGCAGGUGCAAACGCGCUUGGUCGAGGUCGCUCCGGUUCCCCAAGUCACCCGCUACGUCCAGGUGGAGGCUCCCAGGGCCCGCUACGUCAAACUGGACGAUGACGACGACGACGACGACGACGAUGACGACCUUCCGGUCGUGUUCCGCGCAUCGCGCCCCGUCGCCGCCCCUGCCCCCGCCCCCAUGCAGCGCCUGACGCCCCUGGCCGCCAUCGACAGGGUCCCCGCGGCCCCCGCCCGCAGGGUCUCGGACAGCAGCGAUGAGGAGGAGUAGGCAGGUGCUCUGAAUUGCACUGGCUCCUCUCUUUAUCCUUACAAUGUCUUUCUAAAUAUAUACAUCGGUAUUAAUAAAUAUACCAACGAUA